UCAUCUUCAAUCUUCAUAUAUAUAAAUAGUAAUGUAUUAUACUGUAACUUCAAUCCCACCACCAUUCAUAUAUAGUAAUAUUAUCUAUCACACAACUUCACUUUCACUUUCCAAGUACCAUGUUUUACCCUUUGAGAGAACCUUCAUGUUGUUCCACUCCAAUCAUAAAUCACAACAAAAACAACCCUUCUUGUGUUCUUUUUACUCUUUCAUCACAAAACAACAUCUGACAUCUUUUGUCAAGAUCAACUUAGAUUUACAGCAUAGGUGCUUUAAAUUUUUCAUUGUUUUACUGUGAUUUUGGAUCCUUCUAGCUCUCCAUUCAAGCACUAGCUUAGAGUUAUCUGUGCUGUUCAAAAGGGUGAUCACACACACUACUGUCAGUGUUCUUAGCUUUCAGUUCAUGGUUUGUGAAUGCAUGGAUAAUUUGCUCUGUGAUGAGGUGUGGCUUUCAAAUUCUGAAAACACCUUUGAAGAAGAAGUUGGUGACUUUGUUUCACUCAAGAGUUAUGAAAACAAAGAGUUUGAAGAGGCUUUUGCACUGUAUCUAGAGAAGGAGGCUUCUUCUUUGCCAGAACAAGAUUAUGCAAAGUACUUGCACUCCAACAGUUUGUUUGUUUCUAGGUGUAGAGUUAUUCAAUGGCUUGUCAAGUGUGGAAGUCACUUUAAUCUUUCUUUUGGAACAGUUUUCUUGGCUGUUAAUUAUCUUGAUCGCUUUGUAUCCAUUUGUCAAAGCAAUGAUUGGAAAUACUGGAUGCUUGAAUUGCUUUCUGUUUCUUGCUUAUCAGUUGCCAUAAAGUUCAAUGAGAAGUCAGCACUUUCCAUGAAUGAAAUUCAGGUGGAGGGCUUGAAUUACUCAUUCGAAUCAAGUGUAAUUUUGAAGAUGGAGUUGAUCCUAUUGAAGGCAUUGGGGUGGCACCUUAACUCUGUGACCAGUUAUUCUUUUGUGGAAAUUGUGGAUAACGAUUUCUUGGAAUCUCAUCUUUAUCAGAAGCUUAUUUCACCUGCCACUGAACUCCUUCUCCAAGCUACUUUAGAUCAGAAAAUGCUGGAAUUCAGGCCAAGCAUUCUUGGCAUAUCUGCAUUGUGGUGCACUCUUCAACACUUAUUACCACAAACAUCAGAUACUUACAUUGCUUAUAUUAUGAGACUCUUGAACCAAAGUCAGAAGGUACGAGAUGCUGGCAGUUGCGGCUUGAGAAAAUCCUGUGAUGGUGGAGGCACGAAGUGCGACAUGGAGGUUGCGCGUGAUGACUGCCAUGGUUCUCUACAGGCGCUGCUUCACGGCGGCAUGGUGACUUUGGAUGAUUUCUGCGGCGGCGGUGGCGUUAGGGUAAGAAAAAUGCCCUGGAAAAAGGAUCAAGUGAUAGUUACCAAUACAUGGCCAACAUCUCAGCCACUUCUGCAUAUCAUAACACCACAAAACAGAGAUGUUGCUUGCUUGAGGAGCAUAUUAGCUUGCAACUGA